AUGCCUAGGGAGAUCUGGCAGUGCCGCCGCUGUGUCAGGAAGCAGAUUGAGAUCCCGACGCCUAUUUCCGCCGAAGCGGCCUCCUUAGACACCGUCGAACCACCCGCGAAACGGCAGAGGUUGGAAGAGGCUGCUGUCGUGCACCGAAGUCCUGUGCUAGUCGAAGCCGACCGUAUCGAGGAUAGUAACGAUGACGAAGCUCGAGACCCGGUUCGAAGACCUGUUGAGGCCUCCUUCCAACCAGUAACGACCAGCAAGCCAAGGAAUAGUGUGGUACUCGAACGGCCACAAGAGGAGCGAAUUAGCCAUCAAACGCUUGAAUUCGAUGACUCUCAUGACAUCGAGAUGGCAAAUUUGGUGGAGGCUAGCUUCACCGAGUCGGUCGACCAGGGCUCGGCUCCGCUGGCAUUCAAGAAGACUGUUGUCCCUAGAAAGGUCGCCCGGCGGACCGAGAAAGAUCAGAACUCGGUUUCCGGCGUCAAUAAUAUAUCGGAGCUCGAAAAUGUCAAUGGCAGUUGCGUAACGACACCCCCGGACUGGGCAUUGUCGUCACAGACGGUUCGUAUGAAGAUGUCUGAAAGCGACACCACACUGAUUGCCACAGCGACGGUGCCAUCGGGACAUGCAUUGGCACCAGUCCAACAACCGCUUGCGUCAGAAGUGCCGCGGGAGGCCCUGGACAGUCACGAAGUCUCAGUGUCUCCAGCAGUGGCGUCAACAGAUCCGAGACAGAAGCUACGUGCGCGACCAGGCGAACAGCAAUCGGGUCUGCUGGCGAAGUCCGGAUCUGCUUCGCCAGUGGACAGCGUUGUGCAGGCUGAGCAGAAGGAGCCGAAAGGAGUCACGGCACAGCCGAUGGCAAAGCGCUCGAGGCCGACAAGGAUUGUUCACUGUGCUACCAGUGAUUGCGACACCAAGAUACUGAACAAUCACAAAUUCUGCUCGAGAUGCAAGAGGAAGGCCAACGAGGCAGCUGCUGUUCAGCCGGAAACAGCCACCGAGCAAAUUGCGAGAGUAUCGCAAGUAGUGACUGCAGCGGAUGGUGUCGAGAUGGCGCAAGCGUCGAGUAAAGGAGAUCAGAUUUCGCUGAUUACGGAAGUGGUGAGCGAAGCAUCGCCUCCAGCCGAAUGGGAUGCUAGUAGCGGUGCUGCAGUCACGCGUGGGACAGGUGCCGCUCCUGAGACAACGAUGCCGACAAUCGGAGCAUUCCUUGCACCAAGCCAAGAUGCCAAUCAAGGCCCUGUUAGGUCAGCCGGCACGGAUGCUGCUGUUGGUCCGCAUGGUGCACUGAAGGACUCGAUAGCGCUGCGCGGCCUAGGUGAGGCGGAAGCCCCCAUUGCGCAAGCGGACCCGACCCCUUCAGCUCCUACGAGCACCGAUUCACAGGCCAUUAACUGUACCAAUAAUGAUGGCGAAAGGGAUGUCGAACGUCAUAGCAUAGACGAGGUUGAUGUAGACAUGGAUGACCUUGAUCUCUGGACCCGAAGGCCUGCAGGAGAGCGAAGACCUGCGGCGCGGAACGAAGAAGCGGAAGUACUUAAUUGCCAACAGUGCGAUGGCGAGGAUAGCGAUGGUGAGGAUAGUGACGUCGUUUCGGAUCCGCCGCAAUCGCCUUCCCCGGCAAGCAGCGGCUCGGAUGUUCUUUCAAGGCAGGAUCGCUCGCCCUCAGCACCAGGCAGCACUGCAAGAGUCCACCGGAAGAUGCAAUGGAAGCGCCAACGGAGCAACUACACUGGUGGUACAGGUCUGGGUGAUUGGCAAAAGCGACCGUUGGGCACAUACGAGAGGCUCAUCAAGCUUGCAAUGUGCGAGGCACCCGAUCAUCGUCUCCAAGCCCGCGGUGUGUGUCACUGGGUCGCGAAGAACAUCAAGGGCUACACACCUCGAGCCGGGAAGUGGGAGGAAGGCAUAGCGAUGACGAUGGCGGCACAUUCGGGGAACAAUAAGAAUCUUUUCUUGAAGUCGUCGUUCAGAGAGGAUAUUGAUAGUGCGAAGUUCGGCAAGAGUGCGUUCUUCACGCUCAGGGCGGAUGUGGUGGCGACGAACGAAAGAUGGGAUCCUGUGCUUAAAGAGCCUGUUUCACCGCCUUCGGCGUCGCCAAAAAAGCCUGCCAGGGCUGCUGCAAGCUCCGUAGUAGAGGCUGUCAGCCGAAGACGCCACGCUGCCACGGAAACGGCGAAUCGUAUUGCGUCCGAAGACAAGCUGAAGUCUCGCCUGAAAGGCACACCCAAUGGGGCUGAGAAGCGGCCAAGUCUGAAGCUUCGCCUUAACAAGGCGAACAUUGAGCCCAAGAGCGUGCCUUCCGAAACAGCGCCUACAGGCUCCGCAAGCGGCAAUAGCAAACGCGGCAAAACAGUGGCGCAACCGACCAAAGCUUCGGAUAUGGCUGAUGACACAGCCGUCGUGGAAGGUGAUGAACAACAUGCAUCAGACACGUCGGAUGAGGAACCUCUCAGGACCAGGCGCUCCAAGAGAAAUGCACCAAUAACGAUGGCCUUACCGGUGCUGGCAGAAGCUCGAGCUGACCAAUUUGAUUUGUCAAAUGCCUCGGACGACGAGCCCCUUGUCAACAUCUUCCGCAGGACAUCUUCAGCCUUCAUCGCACCAGCCGCAGUAAUGCAGUCUGCCGUUGCAGCGCGAGGCGCGAAUGCUGACGCUAAUAGGAUCGACAUGAACAACGUGCCAAAUACGAGCUACGACGAAGAGACACAAGCACACGAUCGUGGCCACGGUACGAGUUCCAUGAAUCACAUAUCCAUGGAGGAUGAGUCCCAAACUCCGGAUAUUCCGGUAGAAGCUUCGCACACUCCCAGCAACGCCGUGAAGACAAGGACGACGAUGGUGAAGCUGAAGGUAAAGACGGCGCAUGCCUUUAUCAGCAAUGCAUCAUACCGGGUGCUAUCACUAGCCGACCUGUUGAAGCUUGAGCCUGAAGAGAAGGACUACAGUGCGCUAUCGCUCAGCGAAGAGUGGCCAGAGUGGGAUCCCGAGUUCCGCGCCUUGAAGACGGAAGAGAUCAAAAAGAGGCCGACGCGGAAGCAGUUGUUCGGAAAGCCAGCGAUGUACUCGAGGCUCGCUAGUAACAUAGGCUCUGACGAGGGGCUGGCGGGCGCUGUCAUAACGAAUCCGCUGAAGAACAUGGACAAAACCAUGUUCGGGUCUGCAGAGGUUAGCGGCUUGCCCGGCCUGGACACGAACAUACGGGCGUGCGACACGCUGGAAGAGUUGUUCAGUCUGCCCAAGAACGUUGUCGCGGUUGUUGAAGAUAAAAGACUGUGUUUUCGGGACGUCGCGGUCAAGGCGGGCGGAAAGCUAUCGCGAGGGAGAGGUCUGUAUCCCACCGGCUGCAACUGA